GACAGUUGUGGUUAUGUUUUCUAGUGUAUAGUAUAAUAGUUUGUACAAUUAGACUAACAAUAUCGGUAUAAAUGAUUUUACGAAUAUAAAUGAAUCAUGUCAACUUGUAAAAUACACAAUAUUAGAUUCUAUAAUUUAGAACCUCGUUCUGUUACUUGUUUAUCUUACGAAUCAAAAACAAGAAAGUUAGCACUAGCAAGAAAUGAUAAUUCCAUUGAAGUCUGGAAUGUUGGAAAUGCACCUUUUGUAGAGUGUACAAUAGCUGGUAAACCAGAAAACUCCAUUGAAAGUAUCCUAUGGAUUGGUUCAAGAUUAUUCUCCACGGGUCUUCAUGGAAUGAUACCAGAAUAUGAUUUAACAACAUUGUCUGUUAAAAAUGAGGUUGCAGUUACUGGAGGUGCAGCUUGGUGUAUGGAUGUUAACCAAAAGAAAUCCUGCUUAGCUAUUGGUACAGAAGAUGGAUAUAUUAAUACGUUCACUGUAACAAGUGAUGCUUUGAUAUAUGAAAGGAUUUUUGAUAAACAGAAGGGAAGAAUUCUUUGCAUUAAAUGGGACAAUACUGGAGAAAUGAUUUAUACAGGAUCAACAGAUACUAUUAGGGUUUGGAGUGCUAUAUCAGGUCACGCAAUUCAUAAAAUGACAACUUCUAGAAAGGAAGCUAAAAAAGAAACUAUUAUUUGGUGUUUAGCUGUCACAGAUGAUAAUGUUAUAGUUUCUGGGGAUUCACGUGGAUGUUUAUCAUUUUGGGAUCCUCAUAUGGGUACCUUGAUUGAAUCCCAUGAAAGUCAUAGUGCAGAUGUAUUAGCUGUUACUUUAUCUCAAGACAUGAACAUUGUAUAUUGUGCUGGCGUAGAUCCUGUGGUAAGAAGUUUUUGUAAAAUAAUUACAAAAUCCACAGGCAAGCCACAAUGGGUAAAAGGAAUUGAAAGGAAGUUACAUGCCCAUGAUGUGAGAGCUCUGGUUGAUGCAGAUGGAAAACUAUAUUCUGCAGGCGUGGAUGGAUAUUUAGCCCAAUCAAGUUAUCCACCCAAGGUCCUUGUUAAAUAUCCACCACUGCUUCAACCACCGUGUGCUACUGUCUGUAGAAAAUCUAGGUGUAUUCUAUUAAGAUACACAAAUUUCCUUGAGUUAUGGAGGCUUGGUUCUACUGCAAAGGUGUCCCCAGAAUCUGUACAUCCUGGUAUGUUCCAUCAGUUAGAAGAAGAACCAAUGAAAUUGUUACAGUUAAAAACAAAAGGUGAUGAGAAUAUCAUUUCCUGUGCUAUUAACAAAGACUCCAAAACAAUUGUGUAUUCGACUGAUAGUCAUGUUAGAGUUUUUAACUUCGACGUAGUUGAUGGAGAUGCACAAUUGUCGCGGAAUGAUUUUGACAUUCCCUCAAGUAGAAUACAAAAGAUGUUGUUCAGUCCAAAUGGUAAACUGUUCUUAACGAUUAAUAAUGAAAAGAAGAAAAAUACAGUAACAUUAUAUAAAGUGGAAAAGAAACAUUUGAGGCAGCUUGGGUCUUUUCACACAAACAGGGAGUUCAUUGUGCAUGUUGGGCUUGCUUGUUUCUCCCCUGACAGUAAAUAUUUUGUGUGUGCCGAUCGUGACGGUAGAAUUGCUAUAUAUAAUGUUAGUGAAGCUGUGAGCACAGAUGCACCCGCUGUAUGGUGCUUGCCUAAGUACAGUUGUGCUCCAACGGCUAUGGCUGUACAGCAGGAUACUCUGAACUUAGUUGUUGUAUAUUCUGAUCACAAGAUCGUCGAGUACAACAUUCAGCAAAGACAGUACACAAAUUUCUCGAAUAAUCUGCAAAGUCGACUGCCGAAGCAAUGGCUGGCACGGUCGUUCCCCAUAACAAAUAUAAUUUUCGAUCCGCGGAACGAGAACAUUAUCAUAAUGCACGACGACUCGACGGUUUAUGUGAUUAAUAAGUCGAACGAGCUUCCGGAGAAGGAAGCUAAGAUUCCAAAACGCGAGAACGGUGAGAUCACGGAGGACAGUAAUUCCAUCCUGAGUUCGCAGUCUCAGCAAGCUUUCCAAGUUCUUAAGAAGUAUAAGCACUUGGUCUAUUUGAAUUGGUUGAACGAUGAAGAAAUGGUUGCAGUUGAAGUGAACCCGAUAUCAUUGUCGGAGAAGUUACCACCGACUCUCAAACAGAAGUGGUUCGGAGUGUAAAUAAUAUCCAGCGAACGAAAUGAAUUCUCGUUUUAACGGGAAAAAAAAUUGAUGUACAAAGCAAUCAGCAUAUUUUCUGUAUAAAUUCUAUCCAGACAUUUUGAACUAUGUAUUUCGAAAACAAUGUCAUUGUAUCAUGACCAUACUGUUUAUAUGUGGACUACCAUAAUCUAUUUUUUAAUACAAGUGUUACAGUGUACAAUGCAUUGUAUACAGAAAAUAUAUA